AAUGGCAGUCAGUGCCGCUCCGAGCCUCGCCGGAGGGAGAGCAUAGAAAAGGACGCGAUAGUUGCACCACCAUCUCCACACACACACGUGGGUACCUGCUGUAGACGCUGCUCUGGACUGACGUUACAAUUGUGCAGUGUGUAAAUUAUCGACGUGGCGACGUCUCUCUCCACUAAAUAUACGUCGGCAGUGCAGUAUGAACGGUGCCGUGUUGAUGGUCGUGUUGCUGGCGGUAGGAGGGUCAGAGUGUGCCAAGAUCCUGGCCGCGUCGCCGUUCCCCGCCAUCAGUCACGUGUUGCCUCUGAGAGUUAUCGUCCUGGAACUCGCUAAGAGGGGCCACGAAGUGACGUACAUCACAACAGACCCGAUCAAGAAGCCUAUAAAGAACCUGACUGAGGUGGACAUAUCGCCAGCAUACAGAUACCUCCGCAAGUCCUUCGACUGGAUGGAGAUGGCGUCUCACGAGUGGCAACCCGUGGAGAUGCUGUGGAGCAUGGAGGACAUGUCGGCCCCCAUCUGCGAGGACGGCCUCAACAGCCCGGAGAUGGUCGACUUCAUGAAGUCGCCGCCCAAGUUCGACCUGUACAUCAUGGAGAGGUCGCUGGUGCCGUGCUUCUACGGCGUGGCUCAGGCUGUGGGCUCUCCACCAAUGGUGGGCAUCGUGACGCUGGGAGCCUACCCUUAUACCCACUGGACGCACGGAAACCCGGACAACCCAGCGUACUCUCCAUGGUGGAUCCACGCUUACUCGGACCACCUGUCGUUUUGGCAGCGACUCUACAGCUCUUAUGUCUGGCUCUACUUUAUUCUGGUGUGGUUCAAUGUAGCGUUACCGAAACACGACGCGAUAGUGAAGAAUUACUUUGGUGCUGGGGCGCCAUCAAUCUACGAACUCGAGAGGAAUUUCAGUCUCAUGUUCACCACUAACCACUUCACGGAAAGCUACCCCCGACCGAACCUUCCCAAUUUCGUCGAGCUCACUGGCCUACACAUCCAGCCGGACACUAAUCCUCUUCCCAAGGACAUACAGGAGUGGUUGGACGGGGCGACUGAAGGCGUCAUAUACUUUAGCCUGGGCACCAACGUACUGAGCAGUAAAAUGCCACCAGAAAAGCGACGGGCGUUCCUCGACGCCUUCUCUCAGCUGCCGCAGAGGGUGCUCUGGAAGUGGGAGACGGACGAUGCGUCAGACCUGCCGCCUAACGUCAAAAUGUCCAAGUGGUUCCCACAACAAUCCGUGCUAGCACAUCCGAAAGUGAAAGUCUUCAUCACGCAAGGUGGAUUGCAGAGUUUCAAUGAAGCCACUUACUAUGGUGUUCCCCUAAUUGGAAUUCCGUUCAUGGGCGACCAGCACUACAAUGUAGCAAAAAUGGUAGCUGCUGAGAUUGGCUACAGGUUGCAGUUCCGGCACGUCACGAAGGACACCGUUUUAGAGGCUAUACGAACGGUUCUUGAGGAUCCCAGGUAUCGGGAAAACAUGAAGAAGUUAUCAGCAGUGUACCGAGAGCAUCAGGCACAGUCGCUUCCACAGGCCGUCUGGUGGAUAGAAUACAUACUACGGCACAAGGGAGCUCCACAUCUGCGAAGCGGAGCCAUGGAUCUCAGUUGGUACCAGCUGCUGCUGCUAGAUGUCAUCGCCUUCAUUCUGGCUGUAGCUGCAGUCGCUACAUAUGCGAUAUAUUCGCUUGCGAGAUAUCUGUUUUCCGUCAUAUUUAAGACCAAGAAACAGAAGACUCAAUGAAGAAUAAUUUUUAUUAGUUUUGAAGGACUUAAGACUCUACUGUGAGCGAUGGCAAGAACUGUCUUUUAUUGCCUACAUUAAAAACGAUAUGUGGUUAAUUGUAAACGCAAGUCUCCAGUCUUCGUAUUUUUCAUUGUCUUUGUGUAUGGUGUUAGUCGUAUACGGCCAGAUUCUAGAAAAGUUAUGUGAAGUGAUGUGGAGAAGGAGGAGGAGGCUUAACAUAAAAUUGUACAUCAUCUCUUCUGUAACAAGUCAUUUCAUUCGAAACUGAAAGCUGUAUGAUUUUGUCUUUUAAGACAGGAGGUAAAUAAAUUUAUUUAUUUUUAA